GUUAAAACUGCGGCUUGAACCAAAGUAUUCUCGCUGAGAGCAAAUUUAUUUCCUGAACUGCGAUUGAGUAAAUACGAUUUAAAGAACUUGUUGCUUGCCGACAUUUUUGUUAAGACUGUUUUGUGAAGAUGCCGAGUUCUAAAGCUCUUGCGAUCGGAAUAGACUUGGGCACAACCUAUUCUUGUGUUGGUGUGUUCCAGCAUGGAUGUGUAGAAAUCAUCGCCAACGAUCAGGGCAACAGAACAACACCCAGCUAUGUUGCUUUCACUGAUACUGAGAGACUGAUUGGUGAUGCUGCUAAAUCUCAAGUAGCAAUGAAUCCUGAGAACACAGUCUUUGAUGCCAAGAGACUCAUCGGCAGGAAGUAUGAUGACCCGAAAAUUCAACAAGACCUAAAGCACUGGCCUUUUAAAGUAAUCAAUCAUGGAGGCAAACCGAAAAUCCGUGUAGAAUAUAAAGGUGAGGAGAAGCUUUUUAACCCUGAAGAAAUUAGUGCAAUGGUGCUGACCAAAAUGAAAGAGACUGCAGAAAUGUAUCUUGGACAGAAGGUUACUGAUGCAGUCAUAACUGUGCCAGCCUACUUCAAUGAUUCUCAGAGACAAGCAACUAAAGACGCUGGAAGAAUUGCAGGACUGAAUGUUCUACGAAUUAUCAAUGAGCCAACAGCUGCUGCUUUAGCAUAUGGACUUGAUAAGAAUCUUCAUGGUGAAAAGAAUGUCCUUAUCUUCGAUUUGGGUGGUGGAACCUUUGAUGUCUCCAUCUUAACAAUUGAUGAAGGUUCCUUAUUUGAAGUGAGAUCAACAGCUGGUGAUACCCAUUUAGGAGGUGAGGACUUUGACAACAGAAUGGAGAAUCACUUCAUUGAAGAAUUUAAACGUAAGCACCGCAAAGAUAUUAAAUCUAAUCCAAGGGCUGUGAGAAGGCUAAGAACUGCAUGUGAGAGAGCAAAGAGAACCUUAUCCAGCAGCUCAGAAGCUAGUAUUGAAAUAGAUGCACUGUUUGAAGGAAUAGACUUUUAUUCCAAGAUCACUAGGGCAAGAUUUGAAGAAUUGUGCAUGGAUCUCUUCCGCUCUACAUUAGAGCCUGUAGAACGAGCCCUGAAGGAUGCUAAAUUGGACAAAAGCAGUAUUCAUGAUGUAGUCUUAGUAGGAGGAUCUACUCGAAUACCAAAGAUCCAGAAGCUACUCCGUGACUUCUUCAAUGGCAAAGAACUAUGCAUGUCUAUUAAUCCUGAUGAAGCAGUAGCAUAUGGUGCGGCAGUCCAAGCUGCAGUGCUGACUGGUAGCACAGAUGAUAAGAUCAAAGAUGUAUUGUUAGUAGAUGUUGCUCCUUUAUCUCUUGGCAUUGAGACAGCAGGAGGUGUCAUGACAAAAAUUAUUGAAAGAAAUUCCAGGAUUCCUUGCAAAACUUCCCAAGUCUUCACAACUUACUCUGAUAAUCAACCUGGAGUAGACAUCCAAGUUUACGAGGGUGAAAGAGCAAUGACAAAGGACAACCAUCUCCUUGGUAGAUUCCAUUUGUCUGGAAUACCACCAGCACCAAGAGGUGUGCCACAGAUUGAGGUCACAUUUGAUAUGGAUGCUAAUGGAAUCUUGAAUGUUUCAGCAACAGACAAGAGUUCUGGUAAAUCUCAGAGCAUCACCAUAACCAAUGACAAAGGCCGUCUGUCCAAAGAAGAAAUAGAGAGAAUGCUCAAUGAAGCCAAACAAUACGAGAAAGAGGAUCAAGAGCAAAAAGAGAAAGUGGCUGCUAGAAAUAACCUAGAAAAUUAUGUGUAUUCAGUGAAACAAGCAGCAGAAUCUGCACCUGAAAAUAAACUGUCCUCUUCAGACAAAGCUAAGGUGAAGGAGUCAUGCGAUUCUGUGAUCCAAUGGUUGGAUAAUAAUACCCUCGCAGAGAAAGAUGAGAUAGAGCACAAACUAAAAGAAAUUCAGUCAGAAUUAAGUCCAUUUAUGAUGAAGAUGCAUCAAGCAGGAGGUGGCUUCAAUCAGGCUGGAAGUGGAUGUUGUGGCCAAGAGGCAGGCUGUGGUUGUUGUAACAAUAAUAAAUCAGGUCCAACUAUAGAAGAAGUGAAUUAAAGUAUUCAAUUUUGUGCCAAAGACUGUAAAUAUGUAUAAAUACUUUGACUUUUCUAACGCACAUUAAUGUAUAUAGCAUAAACUUGUCUACGUGAGUAUUUUUUCCAUCUUUCA